AUGGAAUCGCCAUCGAUGUUUAACAUGGUCGGUGCACUAUGUGGUCUGGCUAUCUACAACUCCAUCAUUAUAGACCUCUGCUUUCCCACAGCACUGUUUAAAAAACUAUUAGAUGAGGAGCCUACGCUGGAGGACCUCAAAGAGUUAGAUCCCGUGGUAGGGAGGUCUCUGCAGAUGCUGUUGGACUACGAAGAGGACGAUUUGGAGGAUGCCUUUUGCCUUACCUUUGAGAUAACAGUGGAUAAUUACGGUGCACUCGAACGCAUUCCCCUCAUUCCCUCAGGUGGCGAAAUAGCGGUAAAUCAAGAAAACAAGCAAGAAUACGUAGAGAAAUACCUCGAUUUCAGGUUCAACAAGAGCUGCCAAUCCGUUUUUGAGGCUUUCAAAUCCGGUUUCUUCAAUGUCUGCUCGGGAUAUGUCAUUAAAAUGUUUCAACCUAGUGAGCUGCAUAGUAUGGUGGUGGGUUCAGAGGACAUAGACUGGCAGGAUCUGCGGAAAAACACCAGUUAUCAAGGAGAGUACUGGGACCAGCACCCAGUCAUCAAGUGGUUCUGGGAGGUGCUUUUGAAUCAAUGCAAUUUAAGGCAGAAGAAAAAUUUCCUCAGGUUCCUUACUGGUUGUGAUCGCGUGCCAAUUGUAGGCCUUCCUGGAAUCAAGAUUACAAUCCAACCAAAUAGCAGUGGAGAUGACUUUUUACCCGUAGCCCACACCUGCUACAAUAUUCUUGAUCUGCCCAAGUACAGUAGUAUGGAGAUUUUGAAAACAAAAUUUAUGCAAGCCAUCGAGAACACAGAAGGAUUUGGACUUGUUUGA